AUGGCGCAAGAUUUACCUCCUUCUGGCGGCUAUGGGCCCGUUCAGUAUAAGAGAAAUCUUCCCGCCCGCGGGUUUAGACCAGCAUAUCUCCUCUUUGGCGUCGCCGGUAUCAUGACAUUCGGAUUCUGGAAACUUGGAAAGGGAAUUAGAGAGCACAACGAGCUCGCGCGCGAAAAGAUGUGGUCGAGAAUCUACCUGAUUCCAAUGUUGACCGCGGAAGAAGACCGUGAUUUGGCGAGGAGACAUUAUGCGGAUUUGGAGAGGGAGCAGAAGUUGUUGGGGAGCAAGACUAGUGCUUAUAAUUCUGAUCGAUAUGUACGACCAACGUUCGCUGUUACACCACAAAAUGUCACGAAAUAG